UGUGUUUCUGACCACCUGCAGCUGCUCUCAGCUGUGCAAACAGAAUUUUAAGUGACUUAUAAGUGUAGCUAAUUACAGGGGCUGUCUUACUAUUGUGAAUUUUGUUUUGACUUAAACAUGAGAUCGGGUCUCUUUGUCACUUUUAUUUCAUGCUAGUAAAACACGCAGAAAUAGAAGUUGUGUUGCAGCCCUUGACUGGCGUUAUAUGUUAAGUUCCCACCUGUUUUAAUGGACAGGUAGCCUGAUUUGUUCUCUGUGGUACCUGAGCUACUUCAGGGAUUCUGCUAUUCUGAAAGAGAGAGGUUUGAUUAUCUCCUGUGUUUUAUGGUAGAAACAGUUCCAGCUAUUUAUCUGGUACUUUGUGAGAGAAUACUUGCAACAAGUUGUCACUCUCUCACCUUCAGUGCUUGCUCACUGUCCCUGGGGGAAAAGCACUGUGACAUGCAGAGGACUGGCCUUGAAGGUCGAAGAGAUCUUUUCCAGCUCCUUGUUGCUUUGAUGGGCGUGCCAUAAGGAUACAGAUCGAUUCAUUAUGCGCAGUUUGAGUAAAGAGUGAUUUUGUGUUUGGCUGAGUAUACAAUUAAAUAAAUUGAAGCCAUUUUUCCUUUCGUGGAAAUAAUCUGUGCUGCCCCAGCCCUAUGUGUGAUUUCCGUUUCUAACUCACCAAACAUAAAUAUUGUGGUUAUGUAUUACCUGAUUAUUAGCAGUCAGCCAAAAUGCGCCAGAGCCAGGGUUCCUUGAAACAAUAUGUGCUUUUGAUGGAUGGGAAUGCAGAGGAGGAGACGGCAGUCGUGACUCAGUCCUCAAUGAGGUUAGAAACCUUCUUGCUGCAAUGAAAGCGUAUUCCUGCCAAGGGAUCUCAGGAAAUGCACCGACUCUGCCUUCUAGGCAAGCUGGGUCAUGUUACUGAAGAUCACCUUGUCUCUUGGAAGUAGAAGCACAGUGAACAGAUGAAUCUAUUCAGCCAGACAUUCCUCCAGUAGAUCCCUCUCCUCAUGGAGCACCACAGCAGGGAGGAGAUGGACUCCAAAGAGGAAAGUCCUCAGGUGUGGGCUGACUCUGCUGAGCCGGAGCAGAAUAGCACGCAGGUGCACUUUGUCCCUGAGGGGGGGACGGUGGCACAGAUUGUCUACAGUGAUGAGCAGGACCGUCCCUCGCAGCAGGUGGUCUACACGGCCGAUGGCACCUCCUACACCUCGGUGGACACCUCAGAGCACACACUCGUUUACAUCCAUCCCGUGGAAGCUACGCAGACUCUGUUUACAGAUCCGUCCCAAGUGGCUUACGUCCAACAGGAUGCCACCACCCAGCAGGUAACUGUGCUCUUGCCUGCUGCUGCUCAGAGCAUGAAUCCCACCAACCUGUCCGUGCUCGGCAACGUUGCCGAAUCCCCCCAGCAAAUGGCUCUGGAGCAGGGUCCGCAAGCAGAUAGAGCAUCGUUACCGGUGCAUAACCAGGUGUUACCUCCUAUGGAGGCAGUGGAUGGUUCUGACCCUUUAGCACCUCUGCAGAAUCAGAUGGGAAGGAUGGAAACAAAAGAGGAAGAUGAUGAGGAUGAAGAUGAGGAUGAAGAUGGGGAAGACACUGACAUGGAUGAAUGGGAUCCAGAUCCACCUCGACCCUUUGAUCCCAAUGAUUUGUGGUGUGAAGAGUGUAAUAACGCACAUCCCUCUGUGUGUCCAAAACACGGACCUUUGCAUCCAAUCCCCAACCGGCCUGUGCUGACCAGGGCGAGAGCCAGCCUCCCCUUGGUGCUCUAUAUAGACAGGUUUUUGGGAGGUGUGUUCUCCAAAAGGCGUAUCCCCAAACGCACACAGUUUGGACCUGUGGAAGGACCCCUGGUUAGACAAACCGAACUCAAAGACUGCUAUAUCCAUUUGAAGGUUUCUCUUGAUAAGGGUGACAGAAAAGACAGAGAUUUGCAAGAGGACCUGUGGUUUGAACUUUCUAGUGAGGCUCUUUGUAACUGGAUGAUGUUUGUGCGUCCAGCUCAAAACCAUUUGGAGCAGAACCUGGUAGCGUAUCAGUACGGCCACCAUAUUUAUUACACAACCAUUAAAAACGUGGAGCCCAAGCAGGAACUCAAGGUGUGGUAUGCUGCCUCUUAUGCAGAGUUUGUGAACCAGAAGAUCCAUGACAUAUCUGAGGAGGAAAGGAAGGUUCUCAGAGAGCAAGAGAAGAACUGGCCGUGUUACGAGUGCAAUCGUCGUUUCAUGAGCUCAGAGCAACUCCAGCAGCAUCUCAACUCCCACGAUGAGAAGCUGGACUUCUUCAGCAGAGCCAGAGGCCGAGGUCGUGGGCGUGGAAAGAGGAGGUUUGGACCAGGCAGACGCCCGGGGCGCCCUCCCAAAUUCAUGCGUAUGGAAGUAACCAGUGAAAAUGGGGAAAAGUGUGAAGAAGGGACACAGGACUUGCUGCAUUUUUCCAGCAAGGGGCAGUUUGAUGAGGCCGGCCAAGCCACACUGAAUGGGUUGGAGCAGCAGGAGCAGACUCCAGUGCCAUCAGAGACGCAGUCGGCACUGGAGCAGCAGUCAGACAGCCACCCGCUACAGCUCCAGCCGCAGCACGAUGAGAGCGCGGUGCCUACGCAGAGCACCAUGACAGCAGAUGACAUGAGGCGAGCCAAGCGUAUCAGGCUGGAGCUGCAGAAUGCCGCUCUUCAGCACCUAUUCAUACGGAAAUCCUUCCGCCCGUUCAAAUGCCUGCAGUGUGGGAAGGCCUUCCGCGAGAAGGACAAACUGGAUCAGCACUUGCGGUUUCACGGACGGGAAGGGAACUGCCCUCUGACUUGUGACAUCUGCAACAAGGGCUUCAUCAACAGUGGUGCUCUGGAGAGCCACAUGAAGUUCCACAUGGACCAGAAAACAUACUCCUGCAUUUUCUGUCCCGAGUCCUUUGACCGCUUGGAUCUGCUCAAAGAUCACGUGGCCAUCCAUGUCAAUGAUGGCUACUUCACCUGCCCUACCUGCAAAAAACGCUUCCCGGAUUUUAUCCAGGUCAAGAAACACGUACGCAGUUUCCAUUCAGAAAAGAUUUACCAGUGUACAGAAUGUGACAAGGCUUUCUGCCGUCCUGACAAGCUGCGACUCCAUAUGUUGCGACACUCAGACCGCAAAGACUUCCUGUGCUCCACGUGUGGCAAGCAGUUCAAGAGGAAAGACAAACUGCGAGAGCACAUGCAGAGGAUGCACAACCCAGAGAGAGAGGCCAAGAAAGCUGAUCGAAUCAGCCGCUCCAAAACGUUCAAGCCUCGGAUAGCUUCCACCGACUACGAAAGCUUCAUGUUCAAGUGCCGACUCUGUAUGAUGGGUUUCCGCCGGAGGGGGAUGUUGGUGAAUCAUUUAUCAAAGAGACAUCCAGACAUGAAAAUAGAAGAGGUGCCAGAGCUCACGUUGCCCAUCAUCAAACCCAACAGAGAUUACUUCUGUCAGUACUGUGAUAAGGUGUACAAGAGCGCCAGUAAACGCAAAGCACACAUCCUGAAGAACCAUCCUGGUGCUGAGCUACCCCCCAGCAUCCGGAAACUGCGCCCUGCGGGCCCCGGAGAGCCAGAUCCCAUGCUGAGCACCCACACCCAGCUGACAGGCACCAUAGCCACCCCUCCAGUCUGCUGCCCUCACUGUUCCAAGCAGUACAGCAGUAAGACAAAGAUGGUACAACACAUUCGCAAGAAGCACCCAGAGUUUGCUCAGCUCCCUAACACGAUACAUGCUCCGCUGGCAACGGCUGUCAUCAGCUCCACUCCUGCUGUUCUAACCACCGACAGCACCACCGGCGAGACUGUUGUGACAACAGAUUUACUGACACAGGCGAUGACGGAGAUCUCCCAGACCCUCACGACAGACUAUCGAACUCCCCAGGGAGACUACCAACGAAUCCAGUACAUCCCUGUCUCUCAGUCCACAACUGGCUUGCAGCAGCCUCAGCACAUACAGUUGCAGGUUGUUCAAGUGGCCCAGGCCACCUCACCUCACCAGUCUCAGCACUCCACGGUGGACGUUGGGCAGCUUCAUGACCCCCAGACGUACACCCAGCACGCUAUCCAGGUGCAGCACAUCCAGGUCACAGAGCCAUCGCCAGCAACUCAGUCAUCGUCACAGGUUGGGGGUCAGCCUUUGAGUCCUUCCUCACAACAGUCUCAGCAGGAACUCAGCCCCUCACAGAUGCAGACAACUCCAUCGACACCAAACCAAGCCCUCCAGCAGCAGCAAGGAUCUUCAGUCCAGCACACGUAUCUUCCCAGCACGUGGAACUCAUUUCGGAGCUACUGUAAGUGUCAGCAGGAGCUCUCACUACAACAGGAAAAUUACAGGCUAUUAGAACAGAAAAGUUACAGAAGAUGCAAUGUUUAUUACUUAUUUUUUAUAUUUCCCAUGCAGACUCACUAUGUGAUAUCUGAAGGCCAGCCUGAUCUGGAUGGCAAACAGAACUCUUCGCUCUCCAGCGAGGUACAGGUUGGCGUUUCCCAGCCGCCAGCCCACACGGAUGCCCUGGAGUCACAAACGAGCAGUCAGCAGCAAACCACCCAGUACAUAAUCACUACAACCACCAAUGGGAAUGGCGGCAGUGAAGUGCACAUCACUAAGCCAAGAACUUUCUCAGCAGAACAUGAAUGAAGAAGCCUCAGGGUGUCACUUGCUUGUGCUUGUCACCACCCCCGAAAGCCCAAUCUAUGGCUAUCCUGGGGCUCAGUAUGUUUUAAAGUAUAUGCUCACUUAACUUCAACUAAAAUCUUGGAGCUCUUGUUAAUGCUUUAAGAGGGUUUAAGUCCCCGGUGAUCAUGAAGUACCCUCAAAAUCCUUCUGGGAUGCUAUUUUAUGCAGCUUUUAACAAAAAGGACAAGAGAAGUGAAACCUCUGCUUGCUCUGGACUUGAUUUUUGGCAUGUCUGCUGACCCUUAUUUUUCUUCUUUGGAAGUUUCUCCAGUAAACAACUUUUUAUUUCAAUUGUAUGGGAAAAAGCUUGCCUAACUGAAGGCUAACUGGCAGAUUGUUGUAUGUAUAUAUCUUUUAACAGGAGCCGUUAGAGGAGGACAUCAUGUGAACUGCCAGACUAUGGCAGAACUGCUUCCUCUGUUUCAGCAGCCAAGGUGAAAGGGAACGUCCCAGCUCAAUGCGAGCAGACUGCCUGGAGAAAAAGAGCAGCAGCAGCAAAGCAGUGGCUCCUUGCGUACGUGUGCAGGGAUGGAUAUAACAAUGAAGCUGUGAAGAUGUGCCGAAGCAGUCCGUUAAAUUAUUAUUUUUCCAGCCCUCAAAACUGUUUACAUGCUGUCUGUCCUGCCCUAUUUGACCAAGCAGUUCCAGAAAGAACUUAAACCUGUAUCAUGUGGAACAAACUGAUUGAAAUCAGAGUAGCCCAUAAGGGUAGUACAGAGCCACUAUUAUCUCUCUUCCCUUUUGGUAUUUGCAGGGAAAAUUGCCUUUUGCCUGUAAACAAAAAAGGCUCAGCUUAUCCUGCAUAGCAGCUGCUGCUGUGACUUGAAGAUAGUCGUGCCAGGAAAAAAAAAAAGAGGGUAGAGGAGCACACCUCUGAAGAGGCAGGGUAGCUAUCUCUGUUGCCACCUUGAAGAGGACCUAUUUUUCCCCUUGAAGACUGGAUGAAGAGCUGAUUACUUUGAUUUUCCAAAUACCUUCUUAACAGUGCACUGUAAUUCCUUUGGACAAUUCUGUAAAAUGACUAGCCCUGGACUCAGGAAAAAUACAGGAAACAUGCUAGUGGACCACUGUUUAUGGGACACAGAAAGCCAUCUGUGAGUUGCCUGCUUUGGUAGACCUGGUCUAUGUACAGAAUUCUCAUUACAUUUAGGGACCAGGAGAAAGGGAAAGAGAAGGUUUAUCUUUUUAAGGCAGUGUAUUUUUUUUUUCUUACAUAAUUCUCCUGCCCAGGUUUGUUUGGUUGGUUAUUUAGUGCAUUCUGGUAUUUGCAAGAACAUGACUACAACUCCACUGAGUCCCAAUGGGAUAUACUGUGUAUGUCUAAACUUCCCUUCACUGCUUGAAAACUCAUCCCAGAAUGUCUGUGCAUAAUAAGAUACAUUUAUUUAUAAAACAGUAGCAAAGAAGGAUGUUUUGUCUUAACAGCCCUUGAGACUGAAGGACUUUUUUUUUUUAUUUGUUUUCUCUUGUGCUGCACUGACUGUGAAUGCAGGACUCUUGCAUAAGAACUCCCACAGAUUUAGGCGAGGGUGACCCGUGUGAGUAAGCGGUACAGGUGAUCACAGGUUUUGGGAUCAGGCCUUAUGGAGUUAAAGUUCCUAGAUGAGAGAGAACUUCAGACUCAGACAAGAGGAAGUCUGGUUCCUUGUGCGCAAAGCCUUGUAGCAGGUGUUGCUUUGGUAAUUAAUAGAUCUGUUAAUGUAGCAUGGAAACAGCGGCCACGCAUGAUGAGAUAAAUCGGAUCAAAAAUACUGGCAAGCUCAAAACUGUUUUUUGAGGUAGCUUUGAAGGGACUGGCUAAAAUGUGGAUUAAUUUGUUCCUGGGAUUUUGUUUCACUUGCUGUACCACCCUACUAGGGGCAUUAAUGAGAUUGGUGAAGUUAAUGAGGACCAGAGCUCCCAAUUAGUCAAGUGCAGUGAUGAGUGUCUUUAAUUUCACUGGAUUUAGGAGCCCAUCGACUUUUAACAGUGUGACCAAG